UAUUGUGGCUUAAAAUUCACUUUUAUCACCAAUCCAAAAACCGGCAUAUCUGAAUUCUGGAACAGUCCAUCGCUCAAAGAUGUCCAUGUUUGGUUUAAUUAUCUCCGGACGCCUGCCGCAAUCGGACUUUGUAGCUGUGGACAGCACCAAGCUGCUGGUAAAUGUGCCCGACAUCGAAUCCGUCAACUACCUGGUAGUGUUCCUCACCGGCCUAUCGCCCCUGCCCGUAGGCACGUCGGCGGCAAUAUACUUCAGCUGGCGCGCGAACGCUGCGCCCACAUGGCAAUACCUGGGUCACAUCAACAACAACAAGCCCUCCGCCAUCUUCAAGAUCGCCCAGCUGAAAAAGAGCCACGAGCUGGAGGCUCAGGCCCAUGGAAUGGUCUUCGGCAGCCAGGAGAUCUCCCACAUCGCCCAGAUUGGAGUGUCUCUCGAACCGGAGCUAACGGUUGCUCAACAAACGCCAGCUGUGUCCACUGCCAACGACAACAAGCAAUUCGGCCAGCGAAUGCUGGAGAACUUCUUCAACUAUGCCUCCAGCUUUGGCGUGGCAGCCAGGGACAUUCCGCCCUCCACAAGCGAAACCUUUGUGCCUUUCUCCGUCGUCCAGAACUGGUAUACGAAUUUCCAGCGACGCAUGGAGCAGAACCCAAACUUCUGGAAAUACUGAGGAAACCAGGACAGAGGAGUAGUGUCCUCCUGAAGUUGUUGAUAUUACGAGUAAAGUUUUAUAUGUAUAUUCUUUCUGUAA